GCCACCAAACUAGAAUCUGUGGCCUCAUUGCCACACCAGAACAAAGCCCUGGACCCUCAGGGUGUCCGCUGAAAUCCCUGUUACGUUAAUGGACAUAUCUGGGUCCCUCAAACGAGUCGCUUGGGCUCACUUUAUAUUUAAUCACAACUUUGGCUCUUCAAGACAUCUCCUGGGAAUACAACUAACUGCAAGCAGACACAGAUGGGAUUUUAUCACAGUCGUUUAGUGAAGACAUUGUUGGAAAAAAUACUAUCAAGAUCUGUAUCUCCAUUCCGACGAUAUUAACUCCUUGUCUUGAACUUGUUUAUAGAAGCCAAAACUAUCCUCUCGAGUAAGUGAAAAAUACUAAAAUAGGUCAAAAUUCCUUAAUAUAUGAGGAAAGUGAUAAACGAAGGUAUCCGAAACAAUUUGAAUCAUUACACCUAAGAAGAAAACAUUGAAUUUCUUGAAAGAAAAAUUUUACUGUUAGGAUAACCAAUCCCGUACAAGAGCUAUCUUCCAAUGGCUCCUACAAAACAAAGAUGCAUCUCUACCAACUGUAGAACUAUCUUUCUCUUCCUAACUCUAAUCAUACCUUCAGUAUUGACACAGAAAGAAGAAAUGGAUGAAAGGGUUGAGUAUAGUGGCGAUGGUGAGGAAGAUGGAGACAUGGAUGAUGAUGGUGAUAUAUGGAGUGAUGGGAACGAGAACAGUAUAGCGGGCAACACCGCUAAUCAUACUUCCCUACCCAAUACAGAGGCUGUUAACACCACUAUAGCCAGCCACCCACAUCCUCAUGCGAGUGACUAUACAACAUCUCCACCCAAGCCACAUCACUGCAUCAAAAAAGCAUCCUCCAAGGAAUCAAUGAUCUGCGACUACUUUUCCAACACUGAGGAUGUGGUUAAAGCUCCUACGCAUUUAGCAGAACAUGGAAUUAAGAACUUGGAAAUUAUAGGGGCUAGCAUCCUGCACUUUCAUCCACUGUGCUUAAGUGAAAUCCGUUUCACAAGCUGUAGCAAAAUCAACCAUAUUGACUAUGGUCCUGCCAGCGGAUGCCAUCCCUUGUCAAAGAUGUCAAUUCACAACUCAUCUGUGGAGAAGCUGACUGGUAGUUUCCAAGAAGUUGAAAUAUUUGACAGUCAUAUACGCAGUUUAUCAGUGGCUUCUGUCUCCGACGAUGAGGAGGCAGAAAGACCGGUGCUGUUAAGCAACGUGACCAUCAAAAAUCUUCAUGGUUUUGUUAUUCAAGGCUCAAGUUUCCUUAAGAUGAGCCACUCCAGGAUAGAUAUAGUCUAUGGAAAUCUGAUGCUGAAUUCUUCCAGAAAUAUCUUGAAUGCUAUAAUUGCUUCAGACUUGUCAGUGGUACACGCUAAAGGAUUCUCAGUGAUUGACGGUCAUCUCUUGAUAGAAAACAGCACGAUUCAUGACCUUGAUUCGGGUGGAAUCAUAAUAUCUGGUCAUGGGCUGUUGAUUUUAAAGAACGUGGUGCUGAAAAAGGCUCACACUAACGGACUGGUGUUAAUGGUAGGUGGGAGAGUGAUCUUCGAUAACGUAACCGCCAACAACAUUAACAUUAAGAAGAAGGAAUUCGACUCGAUGGGCGGCCAAGUAUACAUUCUUCGCGUGUCUGCUGCGGCCAAACACAGCUUCUUGACAACGCCUCUGGGAAUCUUCAUUAUUACAGUCUUGGCUAUUCUGACUAUUGUUUGUUUGUGUUGUAUUACCGCUAUAGUAAUCUUGCGAAGGAGGAAUUACAUUUUUUAUGCCAUUUAAAGUAGAUUAGACAGUGUCUAGACUCUAUUCUAGCCACUGAUUACGCUAGCCGCUAAAGUAAUCAGUUAAUAUUCUAUUUAGAGUCUUACAGCGAUUGGGGAGAUAUCAAAGGUUCAUUCCGUGGAAGGGAAGAUUAUUCCCGAAUCCCUGGAUCAAGAGCCUUUCCCCACCAUCAAAGCAGUGCCCUAAAGGAGUGAUGCGUAAAUACAUAUUCAGUUUUCACUGCAAUGAUUCACUGUGAAUUUUUAAGUUAUUAGAGAGAAGCAUGAUAAGUGUGAAGGGAAUAAUUGUGUUCUUGUCUUGCUCUAAGCAGUCGGAGGUUCGAGCCUCCACAGCUCAUUCUUCUGAAUGACCCAGACGGGUUUAUCGUUUGGUUUAAAUAAUCAUUGUGGGC